AUGCCUGCCCUACGACCACGACUUCGUCGGAUAGCAAGAAACGAAUGGAACCUGCCCGGUCCUGUUACUCGUGGAAGGGGGAGAAGGGGAAGGGGGAAGGGGAGGGGAGGGGGAGGGGGAGGGACCAAUACCCAAGAUCCAUCGCCAGCCACCAUUUCGUGGCAUAAUGUCCCUAUGCGGACCAACAAGCUUGUUGAUUACCUUGUCGAGCAUCCACCAGAUUGUGCCAUUUUGUUUGCGACCGAGACUAGUAAGAAGUCCAACAACUAUCAAGCUGACCUGGGCCACGCAUCAGGCAAGGACAAGGGGGAGAUCUAUAGUGUUAUCGCAAACCAUGUCUUUCACAAUGAUGCUACAUACGAGAGCUGGUAUGCCACCAACCCUAUCAAGUUCCUCUACGGAGCAAAUUCCGUGAUAUUCGCUGCCAAAUUUGAGUCUACAGGCGCAGGUAUCGUGCCGAUUGACUCGGAGACGUCUGAUAACUUACAUCGUAAAAUUGAGAAAGAUUUUCCGUGGUACAACGACCUCUACAGGAUAUGGGGAUCCAACCCCUCAUUUUCUGCCAAAAUGAGCUCAUCGAAACCAGGUGCCAACCACGCCGGUGACCUAUUCGCGCUAACCCUGUCCUGCAGGAGGCAGUUCUGGUUCACCGCAGUUCACAAACUAUCCCCGCCCUCCUCCAAGUAUUGGAGGGAGCUCAACCGACUCCCCAGUGCAAACGGCCUAUGCAUCUCUUCCCCAGAGUGCUCCACCUACUGGUCCUGCCGGCUCCCCCCUCCAACUCAACCACCUUCUCCCUCAAUACGCUCAGGGAGCCAGCGGCGCUGGCGCGCUGGCUCCUCCCCGCAAUGGAGCUUUUCCCAAGCAACCGUCCAGGCAGCACCGCUAGCUCCCCCCCUCCACCUCACCUGUAUGCCCCUUCCUCCCACAUUUAGCCGUGAGGAUUAUUCUCUGGCCCCUCCGGAAUUCAACGACUACGAGCCACCUUCUGAUGAUGGCCCGCUUGCUGAUGGUAUGGAGGACCUUCAUAUGGACGACAUGGACGACAUCUGUCAUGACGAGAACAUGUAUAAUUUGGACAGCCCGCCCAAAUCGAAAAAGGCGCGCGGAAAGAAGCGACAGUUGCCUUUGUCUCCCACUCCGUCGCCUCCCCAGUCUGUUGCACCCCUUCCCCGCACCUCCAACCAUGACAGUCGCAGCUCAUUCAAAUCGCACGCCAACCAAGUCAUCAUGCACGAGAGUGCCUCUUCUGUGACCUCUUCGUCGAGGGCUUCGUCGGGACGGUCCAAUCCGUCCUCCCCUCAGCAGGUGUCUCCGACUUCCCAAACCUCGUUCUCUGAGAGAGCGAGCAGUAGGGAGUCGGUGAAAAAGUGCAUCUUCGAACAGAGGUCCAGGAACAGGUCGAGAUGCUCAACAACGACUUGGAGAGCAUGCACUCCGAGAAGCUUGCCUUGUACCAACUCAAGAACGAGCUGGCUGAUGGUCAAGCUCAACGCAAAUCGGCAGGACAAGGAGCACCAUCUCCUACGCGAGGAGCGCGCCCACGAGCGCAUGCGGACGCUGCGCUCAUUCAUCAACGGUUGCAGGAGAACAAGGCGCAGGAGAUUCGUUUGCGGGAAGCGGAUGCGAAGGUUCUCGAGUUAG